AACGAAAGAACGGAAGUUUGAGAAGAGAAGUCAUUGCCGCACACUUGUCGCGCCGGAGAGAAGUAGAAAACAGACUGUCGCUGGAGAGCAGAGGAGAGAGGUGAAAAGAAACAAGGAAAGAAAGAGGAGCAAAACAGGGGCGAACAAUGGUGUAAACGCAAACCAGUCCGACCCGAGUCUGGAGGGGACAGAUGUGGAGGAGCGCCGCUGGAGGCUCUAGUUCGCUCCGGAGUCACUGUUAGAAGUCCGAAAACUCCCGCUUUUUGAUGCUGUCCUCACGGAGGCCAAUAACGGACUUAUUGGUCGGCUGAACCAUGCAGAGGCUGCUGCUCCUGAGUUUGGCGUUCAGUCUCCACACCGCAGUGAGAACGGCAAGAUUCUCUCAGGAGCCGGCAGACCAGUCGGUGGUGCGGGGCCAGAGGGUGAUCCUGUCCUGUGUUGUCUUCAACUACUCUGGCAUUGUUCAGUGGACCAAAGAUGGUCUGGCUCUGGGCAUCGGAGAGGACCUUCGUGCUUGGCCCCGGUACCGUGUGCUGCGGGUCCAGGAGCUGGGUCAGUACAACUUGGAGAUCCUGUCGGCCGACCUGUCUGACGACGCCCUGUACGAGUGCCAGGCCCCCGACGCCGCUCUGAGGUCCAGAAGGGCCAAACUCACCGUCCUGAUCCCUCCAGAUGACCCGGUAAUCGAUGGAGGACCGGAGGUGCUGCUGAACGCGGGGGAGUCCUACAACCUGACGUGCGUGUCUCGUGGAGCUAAACCGCCUUCAGUGGUUGAGUGGAUGAAAGAUGGGCUGCCGAUAGAGGGCGCUGUCAGUACCACUGAGGUGCUUUCAGACAGGAAGAGGGUGACCACGCGGAGCCACCUUCCCGUCCACCCCAUUGACACUGACACUGGAAGGAACUACAGUUGUGUGGCCACCAACCAGGCCGCUCCCUCUGGCAAGAGCACAACCGUCACCCUUAAUGUGCACCAUCCACCAACAGUGACCCUGUCCAUCGAACCGCGCUCUGUCCUAGAAGGGGACCGAGUCACCUUCACCUGCCAGGCUCAUGCCAACCCUCCUAUUAUGGGCUACAGGUGGGCUAAAGGCGGCGUGGUGCUGCAGGGCGCCAGGGAGAGCGUGUUCACCACCAAGGCCGACCACUCCUUCUUCACCGAGCCCGUCUCCUGCUUGGUCUUCAACGCAGUGGGGAAGACCAACGUCAGCAUCCUGGUUGAUGUUCACUUCGGUCCCAUCCUGCUGGUGGAGCCACAGCCCAAAACAGUCGAUGUGGACUCUGAUGUCACCCUCAACUGCAAAUGGGCCGGAAACCCUCCACUCACCCUCACCUGGUUCAAGAAAGGAUCCAACAUGGUUCUGAGCAACAGCAACCAACUGUAUCUGAAGUCAGUGACCCAGGCGGACGCUGGCCAGUAUGUGUGCAAGGCCAUCGUUCCGCGGAUCGGCGUAGGAGAGACCGAGGUCACGCUCACAGUCAACGGUCCACCCAUCAUCUCCAGUGAGCCUGUGCAGUACGCUGUGAGGGGGGAGAGAGGAGGCGUGAAAUGCUACAUAGCCAGUACACCCCCUCCAGAUAAGAUCGUGUGGGCGUGGAAGGAGAAUGUGUGGGAGAAGGAGAAGGGCACGCUGCUGGAGAGGUACACAGUGGAGCAGAGCAAGCCAGCUGCUGAGGGCGGCGGCGUCCUCUCCACCCUCACCAUCAACAACGUGAUGGAGUCGGACUUCCUGUCCACCUACAACUGCACGGCCUGGAACGCGUUUGGCCCAGGCACCAUGAUCAUUACGCUGGAGGAGAAUGAGGAGUUUCCAGUGGGGAUAGUAGCUGGCAGCACAGUGUGCUCCACCAUUGUCCUCCUCAUCUUCCUGCUCAUCCUCGUUCUCGUCUUCUACCGGCAGAGAAAAGGCAGCCGGCGCGGUGUCACGCUGGGUAAGCCCGACAUCAAGGUGGAGACCAUCACCAAGGAGACCCACAGCCUGGAGGAGGACUCCGGCAGCGUGUCCACGGCCUCGCGCAUGGUCAAGGCCAUGUACUCGUUUCUCCCUUCUGUGUCCUUCUCUCCCUCUAAUCAGCCUUUUAAAGAUGACAUAGAGCUCAAGUCGGACCUGCGCAGCGACACCCUGGACACCCGUCAGGAGUACGACCUAAAGGACCCCACUAACGGAUACUACAACGUGCGAGCUUCCACCCAGGACGAAGUCCACCCUGGGUCCCGUUCCACCUUGCACUACUCCGACUACCGCUCCCCUGCAGGAACGCCAGGGGGUGCGGCCUCUAUCAGUAGCAGCACAGGGGGCUCUGGAGCCACCGCCAGCGGAGGAGCCCCCGUCCCCCCGGGUCCUCUCACCUCGCCCGGACGCCCGCAAGCCUGCUACGACCCCCGGCCGCCUUCCAGACUGUCUCACAUCAGCUACGCCCAGUUCAACACAUUCACCCGCGGGGGCCAAAGCCAGCAGCCCCCCGCCAACCCCACCCCAGCGGCCACUGACUUUCCUGGUGACUGUAGCCUCCUGGACUCCACUUCUCAGCUGGCCUACGACAACUAUGGCUACCCUUCACACUACCAGACCUAUCGCAUGGGCUUCGCACCUUCCAGCCUGGCCCCUCUGGAGGCCGGCCCCUCCUAUGAGAUGUAUGGGGUGGGGUCCGGGGUGCCAAGCCCGGGGGUUGGGGUCAGCUCCAGUGGCCCAGCUCCCUCCGGAUCAGAGACCGGGUUGGGGAAAUACGGCAGCUCCACCCGCUUCUCGUACACCUCGCAGCACUCUGACUACUCUCACAGCCGACACACACAGCGGAUGCAGACUCACGUGUGAGAGCGAGACACCGGACCCCUCCUCCCCCCUCCCACCCUCACAGUGUUAGCGGAGCAUAAAGAGGCAUCUUAUAAAUAGAGUCGCACCGAAAAACACACACAUACAUCCAUAAAUGUACAUGUCCUGCUGGACACAAACACACAUAGACACAUGCGUGCGCACACACACACACACACACACACACACACACACACACACACACACACACACACACACACACACAGGCACAAAUCCUGAAACCAUGCCCAAGAGAGAGAGAGACAGAGAGGGAGUGAACACAGGGUGAAAAUGAAAGAUGUUUUAAAGAGACAGGGACGGGAAACUGAUUUCCCUCACUCCCGACGUUCGUAGACGGUAGCUCUGUGAGAGCGGACAGCGCAAGUCACAAUCAGGCCAAGAGAGGACGAGAACUUGCAGAUCCAAGGAGCCCCCACCCCACCCGGCCUCCGUUCCAAACUGACGUAAAGCUGAGGGGGAGAAACCUCGGCCAGUGGGAACCACGUCUGGCCGCCAUUUUUAAUUUUCUUUUAGCUGGUUGUCUUAUUCAGUGAUCAUAGAGCACAUAAACAGUAGUGUCCCAGAGAGCCCGUGUGUACAGUGCGGUCGGGCCCUGUUGGAGGGUAGUGGGGGGAGGGAGGGUGGUCGUCCAUCAUGUUGCACUUCGUCCACUGUAUUCAUCCUCUUAACUAUAUCUCUGUUGUGUCUUCUGUUUAUUUGCACACCAGACUAGAGCUUUGUAUUCUAUUUUUUAAACAUUACAGAAUUAUUUUUGUCAGCGUAAAACAUGUAUGUUAAUCGUGUACGAUGUUACGGACCAAAUGGCGGAUCCCGAGGGAAGAGCUGCCCCAGCGGCUAGAACCUGAACCCCCCCACCCCACUCUCCCAUUGUUAAAAAAAAAAAAAAAAAGGAAAACCUUGUGCCAAACGUUCGUGUUCCUCAGGACCACGUGUAUGCAGUAGACGCUCCUCCUGAUGGUGGAGACAUCGCUGUUUUUUUUUUUUUUUUUAACCAUAAAGCCUGGCGUAGACAGGGGGAUGAUGGGGUCUGGAGUGGCCUUAUGGGGGAGCAUGUCAUGCAUUUUCCAUUUUUGAAUCAUUCCUCAUUGUUUGCCAAAUCUGGCCGAAGGAGAACGGUUUUAAUGAAGGCUUGUCCGCAGUAUUGACAUGUAUUAAAGCGUGUGAGCGCGAGAGUGAGUGUGUGUGUGUGUGUGUGUGGUUGGGGGUUGGGGUUGCACACUUCCAUUUGUACAGUGUGUUUGUAUAGAAGCAUGAGUGAGUGUGUGUGUGUGUGUUUCAGUAUACGUCCAUAUCAUUUCUCACCAAGCCGUUCCAGUACUUUUAUACCUCUGGUAGGACUGUAUCCUGUAUUAUCGUGUCUUUGAAUUUAGGAGAAUCCAAUGUUUAUCUUAUCGUACUGUUGGUAGCAGAAGACAGCUGUUCAAAAAGAUGUACGACAA